GUGGGAGGAGCUAAUUUGAUCAAAGGAGACCGGAGGACGGGAAGCUAUAGGCUUUUGGUUACGGCAAGGAACACGACCUGUUUUAUUUGCGAACAAGGACCAUCGGCGUACACGGGAAAAAAAAAGUCGCCCGGGUGAAAUGAAGACAGCCAUCCUUAUUCUUGCACUGGGCAUCUGCGCCGUCUCAGCCGGCUCUACGCCAAAUCCAGGCCAGUCCCUCAAUAAACAACCCGUAGAGCAGGAUGCCUACGCAAAGCAAAGUGAAAAAGGCUCCGGAGAAAAGCAGCAGAUCCGACAGCUAUACGAACAACAAGUUUAUCAGCAGCCAACCAAUCAGCAGGUCUUGCUCAAUGGACAGCAACAGCAGCAGCACACUAAAGAACAGCAGUACUAUGCCCAGCAGCAAAGACUGCACAGCCAACCACGACACAGUCAGCCGCAGGCAGAGAAACCCUGCACAAAAUUGACUCCCAGAUUCUUCGAUGUCUUCAGUGAUCCCGAAGCCAUCGGAUCGCAAAUUUUGCUGUAUGUAGGCCAGACCAUCCAGAGCACGCUACUUGCCUUAGCCAUCAUAUUCACGGGGAUCUUCGUAUACGACUUUAUCACUGGGAAAUAUUCCCGUACAAUCACAGUGACAUCUGAAGGCCGAGCUGACACCCCGGAGAGUAGUGUUGAUCUGUACGAAGUCGCCGAUAGAGUCUACAGAGCCCUUGAAAAAUUCCAAGACAAAUUCCAGUUGUUCCAAGACCAAGCUAUUUAGACGACCUUUUCCUGAAGUCUUUACACAGAAAAAGCUGCUUUACAUAUUCCUUUCUUUAUUUGUCAUUUAAUGCAAUCGACCAGAUGACGUCUGCUGUUAUGAUCAUUGCAUAUUACCAUUACCAUCUGGUCUUCAAAAAUUUCUAUUUGGACAAUUUUAUCGACCUUUUAUGUAAGUUUUUUAUUACUAUUUUGUGUUUACACUUAUCAGUCUUUCCAGCAACAGUAUGGUAUGAUGGAAUGCUUAAUUAACUUACUAUUUUUCACUUUUACAGUUUUAUCUUUCAUCCAAAAGAAAAAAAAAUGCGCUUAUUUAUUUGGUGAUGACGUGCCAUGGGGAAUUAUUCUUACAAGACAUAGAUUCCACCUGGCUGGAUUUGGCUUCCACAACUACUUUUUUUUCUUUUAAGGAAAUGAGACUGAAUAAAUGUGAUGAUAGUGUAGUAGAAUAAAUACCCAAAAGUCAAUAAGAGCAUAUAAAGCAUUUUAGUUAUCAGUAACCUAAUCAUAUAUGUGAAAUGUAUUUGGUAACGGGGGAAGUUUAUUCAUAAACCAUAUAUGUUUUUCAUAUCAAUGUAGUACUUCGUAGAACAGAUUAAUUUCUGUACAAACUGAU